UGUACACAAAGAAAAGAAAUACUACUAGUAUGGUUGAAUACUUUAACGAGUAUAUUAUAUGGUAUAUACUUAUUAAAAAUGCCCAUUCCAGUUCAACGGCUAUUACACUCCGAAAGCUAAAAAUUCGCAGUAUGGCUUGCGUCUAAAUCUUAAAUCCGCGACAAUUGCAACGGUCAGUUUAAAACUCGUGGUUGAAUCGGACAAAAUGACCGAGUCACCGACUCAGUCCCCUCCACCUCACCACACAACUACCGCCCACGACGACGACGAAACCGUCCCUCAGAUCCCAAUAGAGAUCGUGAGCGAAGAAGUGAUGGCUCUAUACGAAGCUGCCUUUGCGGCCACUGGCUCUUCUCUCUCAUCAUCAACAUCUUCUUCCUCUACGAUGCUCUCUUCGUCCUCUCUCUUCUCUCCGACCCUGUUUCAGAGAAAUGCGAGGUCGAUCCAAUCCAUUACUCUGCUCUCCAAACGGAGGUUGUCUGAUUGUAAAGGGACUACUAGUUUGGUUGGUGACAUUGAGGACUUGGGUGGUGGUUCUAGGGGUGUCCCCGUCCCCAAGUCGUUGCUACAUCAGUUCCGGAGGAAAAGAGGGUUGGCCGUCACUGACAUCACUAAAACGGAGUGGUGCGAAAAACAAAUGGAGUUCUUUCUGAACUUUGGCAGGCCAAGAAUUACUAAAGCAAUAGAAGCAGGUAGGGCUCGUCAUAUACAGCUUGAAGAAGAGGUUGUAAAAAGAAUAAAAGUUUGUGUUGAGUCAAAAGAAGAUGUAUGGGCUGUAAAAUUUAUGAAGUUUAUACUUGGUGCAAAUCAAUUAUUGCUUGAUGGAUUAACACGCGAAUUACCACUAAUCGGCUUUGUAAAAGGUGUAUGGAUGGUGGGAGUGAUUGAUGAAAUCCGAAUGCCUGUCACAGAAAACGAAAGAAAUCCAAUAUUAGUAGAGACGAAAACUCGUGUGCAAGCGACAAUUCCAUCUGAACCACAGCGAAGAAAUGGAAGGCUUCAAUUAAUGUGCUACAAGUAUUUGUGGGACAAUUUGGUUUCUGAUCACUUCCCCUCCAGGCAAUUUUUUGAGUCCUUUACUUUGAACCCCCAUUACAUUUUAUCCAAAGAAAUCAGAGAGAACACUUCCAAUUCAGGCUUUCCGGCAGAGACCCUUGAUGAUCUAGUGAGGUACUUCAGGAAUACGUGGUGCAUGUUGCCUCCUGCUCAUGACCAGCUACUAUUGAGAUAUGAAUUCCAAGAAGAUCAGUCAUUGCUUGGCGAAGAUCAGUUUGCUUAUGAUUCUGAUUGGCUCAAUGGUCAAAUUCAGUGUUCUCUUGAGUUCUGGCAGGGAGAGCGAAAAGCCAAUUACACACCUGAGGAGGAGCGUUGGAAAUGCAAAUUUUGUGAGUUUGCAGAAGUCUGUCCAGCAAAUAUCAGCCGCCACGAUACACCAACUUAAAAAAAAAAAAACACAUGUAUUAUUAUAAACAAGCUUCUUUGUGGCAUGUUCACUAACUGGAUAGGUUAGCUAGUUGUGUAGGAUCAUGUAUUGUUAUUAUUAUUAUUUAUGUAACAAGCCUCUUUUGUAGACUUUGAUGAUUCAUUGUUGUAAGAGUUUAUCAUUAACCAUGAAUUUUAUUUUGUAUGUAAUUUUCAAGUAAUAAUAUUAAUUAUGUUGCCUUCGCUCA